AUGACUUCGGAUCACUACGUUAUACUAGUGACUUCCCGCAAGGUUCCCCCCUUCCAGUGUCCACCCUGCAGCUCGACCCCGCCUUUGACACCCAAGUCGCGCGCUCUUCAAUAUAUUUACCCCAGUCCUGUGGCACCUACGUACCGGUCAACUGGACCAGUGCUCACAGCACCUGCUUGCGAGCUGCUCGACCGUAAGUCUACCCACACAAAGCUGCCAGCUCGCGUUCCAUCGUGCACUCCUCUCGCCUUGACGCGUCGAGGCGCGUGAAGUUGGUUGUACGGCAAGAGUUAACGGUGUCGCAAGAUUAUCACUGACGUAACUCAACGGAUGUGGCACAUCUUAAGGUAGUUGAAUGCAGCCUCCAUCAGGCUCCACCAUGGCACGUACGACUUCCCGAGGCUGGCUCAGGUCGUCAACAAUCGCAGGGUACGUUGGUUGAGCUUUCCGAGUGUUUUGUGUGCAGUGAGUCCAACUCACUAUUCCAUCGAUGCCACACUACUCCACAGGCGUUUGAUACGGUCACCGAAUCAGAAGUGACGGCUGCCCAGCGCGAACUGGCGCACGAGAUGAAGCCCCAGAUCUCGGAGCUAAUCCAACGGGCGGAAAAUGGACUCGAAACGAUGAAGAAGCGGGAGAGGCUGUUGCGGACGAAGGUGAGUCGAUCGACAUCCUUGUUGGUCUUUACCAUCAAUAAGAGUAGGCGCUAACCAGGACGCAAUGGUCUGCCCAUGCAGGUCGAGAAGCGGGCGACGUUGCCGAGUCCAGCGCCUCUGGUCGCGCCGAAUCUGGGAGCACUCGAGAGCCAGUUGGAAGUGCUGCGGCAGAAGAAGGAAGCCCUGGGAAAGCAGGUCGAAGGGUUGGAGCAGCAACUGGCCGACGUGAACAAGCCAAGAGGGGCGUUAGGUCGACGAGUCGGGGGACAGCAGAAAUUAUGA